AAAAAGACUCCGCAAAUGAAAGAAGAUUUUGAAGCUCAAUUUAUAUGCUGUCGCAUGUUGUUUGGUCGUCGUCGCGUUCUGCAUUCUCGCACAGUAAGAAUCGGAUACGGACCAGUGGGCGGCGAUGGUGCGGGUUUUGCUCCCAACAAAGUUUCUAAUCAGAAGUACAACAUCUUUAGUUUUGUUCCGUUGGUUCUCUUCCAGCAGUUCAAAUUCUUUUUGAAUCUGUACUUCUUGCUUAUGGCAUGCAGCCAAUUUAUUCCUGCUAUUCAAAUCGGUGCACCUAUUACUUAUUGGGGCCCACUUGGUUUUGUUCUGACAAUUACACUGAUACGUGAAGCGCUUGAUGACUUCGUGCGUUUUCUAAGAGAUAAAGAGUUGAAUGGCGAGAAGUAUGAGCGAUUGACUAGGGACGGUACGCGGGUCGAAGUAAACAGCAGUGAUAUAGAGGUGGGCGACGUCAUUAUAAUUGCGAAAGAUCGACGUGUACCAGCAGAUGUUGUACUUCUACGUACGACGGAACGAUCAGGAGCGUGUUUCAUUCGCACAGAUCAGUUGGAUGGGGAAACCGAUUGGAAGUUACGUAUUGCUGUACCAUUCACCCAGCAUCUUAUGAAUGAAGCAGAAAUAAUGGAAAUCAAUUGUGAAAUCUACGCGGAAAAGCCACAAAAGGAUAUUCAUGCAUUUGUUGGAACUAUUAAAGUCACCACUGAUGACCACGUGCAGGAUGGUUCAUUGAACGUAGAGAAUGUCUUGUGGGCAAAUACAGUUCUUGCAAGUGGCACGGCUGUAGGAAUUGUGGUUUAUACUGGAAGGGAAACUCGAUCUGUAAUGAAUACCACAUUACCAGAAAGCAAAGUCGGACUUCUUGAUUUGGAGGUGAGCGAGAGAAAACCUGUCUUUCCAAUAUCGCAACAAAACCAAGUAAAAAUUUCUUUCCUUCUUUCCGACAAGACAGGCACUCUCACAAAGAACGAAAUGCAUUUUAAAAAGAUUCACCUAGGCACAGUAGCGUUCAGUUCAGACGCAUUCGAAGAAGUGGCUCAACAUGUUGCUAGUGCUUAUUCUGGAAGAUUAGGAAGGCAUUCGUUUUCUGCUAAGCUGCAGACAGCUGUGGAGGCUAUCGCGCUCUGUCAUAAUGUUACACCAAUUGCGGAGGGUGGAACCGUGUCUUACCAAGCAGCAAGUCCUGACGAAGUUGCGCUUGUGAAAUGGACGGAAACGGUGGGAGUACGAUUAGCUCAGCGCGAUUUGCAUUCAAUCCAAUUGCAGCUCGGAAUCGGACAGACUAGGCAGUUCCAAAUUCUUCAUAUUUUCCCUUUUACGAGUGAAACCAAACGUAUGGGAAUAAUUGUGAAGGACGAGACCUCCGACGAGAUAUCACUUCUUAUGAAGGGAGCGGAUACGGUGAUGUCGGGAAUGGUUCAGUACAACGAUUGGCUUGAAGAAGAAUGUAGCAAUAUGGCCCGUGAAGGUCUGCGAACUCUGGUCGUGGCUAAACGUAUCCUCACUCCUGCGGAAUUGGAAGCAUUUGAUCGCGCAUAUCAUGCUGCAAAAAUGUCCAUAACAGAUAGGUCUCAAACCAUGCAAAAUUGUGUCAAUCGAAUGCUGGAAAAAGACCUUCAACUGCUGUGCCUCACUGGUGUCGAAGAUCGGUUGCAGGAUCAAGUUACAACUUCGUUGGAACUUCUCCGAAACGCUGGUAUAAAAAUCUGGAUGCUGACGGGUGAUAAGCUGGAGACAGCCAUCUGUAUAGCAAAAUCUAGCGGUUUAUUCUCGAGGACAGAUAACGUUCACGUUUUCGGAUCAGUUCAAAAUCGGACCGAAGCCCACAAUGAACUCAACUCUGUGAACCAAUUGUGCGAGUUCCAGGUUGCCGAGCUGGUGUGUGCUUGCACAGCUGUCGUGUGUUGUCGGUGUUCACCUGAACAGAAAGCGCAGAUUGUGCAGCUUCUUCGGAAGUACCGCUCUCCACUUCGAGUUGCAGCGAUUGGCGACGGAGGAAAUGAUGUAAGCAUGAUACAGGCUGCACAUGCUGGAAUUGGAAUAGAUGCUAAUGAAGGAAAACAAGCCUCUCUAGCUGCUGAUUUCUCGAUAACUCAGUUCUCCCAUGUAUGUCGGCUUCUUCUUGUUCAUGGCAGAUUUUGCUACAAACGAUCGUGUGCACUGUCGCAAUUCGUCAUGCACAGAGGACUCAUAAUUUCGACAAUGCAGGCUAUAUUUUCUUGUGUAUUCUAUUUCGCAUCUGUCUCGCUAUAUCAAGGAGUGUUGAUGGUCGCUUAUUCUACCGCGUAUACUAUGCUUCCGGUGUUCUCCUUGGUUGUUGAUCGCGAUGUCACUGCAACGAAUGCACUCACGUAUCCUGAGUUGUACAAGGAACUAGGAAAGGGUCGAUCGUUGUCUUACAAAACAUUUUGCAUAUGGGUCAUGAUCAGCCUGUAUCAAGGAGCCGUUAUAAUGUAUGGAGCUCUGCUAGUCUUUGAUGCAGACUUUAUUCAUGUCGUUUCGAUUUCCUUCUCUGCAUUAAUCGUUACGGAACUAAUAAUGGUCGCAAUGACAGUCCAUACUUGGCAUUGGGCUAUGUUACUCGCUCAGGCCUUAUCGCUGGCAUUGUACGCUGUUUCGCUUAUUGUACUUGACCAGUAUUUCGACCGACAAUUCGUACUUUCAUGGAUAUUUAUUUCGAAGACGACGGCUAUUACAGCAGUGUCUUGCUUACCUUUAUAUGUUGUUAAAGCUCUUCGCAGAAAGUUUUCGCCUCCGUCAUACGCUAAAGUGAAUUAA